UCAUCUGUGUGUGUUGUCUGUAGUUGGAUAUUAGUGGACGUAUUGCACAGAAUAAACUUGCAAGAAACUGUUACUUACUGUUUGAAUAAUGCUUUGGAUAUGUACAAUCCUUCUUAUCCACAUGUACAAAGCACAUGAUGUUAUUCAAUUAAAUCGAGUAACAGAAGCUGCACCUGGAGAUGCAGUGACUUUACAUUGCUUUUUUCCUGUGGCUUUCCAACAAGAAACACUGUCCUGGUACAAACAAACACUGGGACAAAAGCCUUUUUGGGUGGCUAGGUCUUUUAGAGCCACUACAUCCUGGAAUCCUUCGUUUUCUGAAGACUCUCAAAAUGGACGGAUUAACAUACAGAAGUCUGAGGGAACAUUCAAUCUGACCAUCGCAAACCUCACAUCAUCUGAUGAAGCAACGUAUUACUGCGCAGGGACAUUGCAUAAACAGGUUACAUUUGGAAAUGGAACGUUUUUGGCUCUCAAAGGUUUUAACCACAGCUAUAUUGAGGAUAGAGCAUUCUUCUGCGCAGUGGCCAACUGUGGACAAAUGAACACUGAAAAGAAGACAGUUUUGGACACAGAAAAAGCUGUGGAUCCUGUUGUCUAUGGGUUGGUUGCUGUGUCGGGACUGUGUUUUGUGCUCAUAUGUUCCUUAAUUUACCAAGACAGGAAACAUAAACAUGUCAAAGAAGUGAAGUCUCAGCAAGUUCACACAGACAGGUCCUUCAGAGAUCCAUCAAGUGGUCAGGAUGCUGAAGAACUGAUCAAUUAUGCUGCCUUGCACUUAUCGAAUAACAAACUGAAAAGAGGAAAGAAGAAGAAGGACCUUCCUAGCGAGAGAAUAUACUCCGAUGUCAGAGGUUAAUAAAUGUGUCAAGGCGCCUUCAGAUAACAAGUGGACCCCCCUCUUUGACCCACACCUCUCUUCUGAAAGACAACAAGCUGUCCAGAGUCGCUUAAGC